AUGGACCACGACCACGACCACGACCAGGGCCACGGGUAUGACGACCACCAUGACUGGCAUGGAGGAGCUGGUGAGAACGGGGACGAUGAGUACGGGAUGAGUGGUGAGGGCGACGACCAGUAUCCCACGUGGGACUCGGUCAUGUCAGAGAUACACGUCCACAUCGAAACCUACGAACAGCAUCAAAUGGACAACACUGGCCCCGAAGAAGACAAGCAGAACAAUAUGCGCCGCACCCUGAAAGCCAUCAAGCGACUUGCGAGACAACUGCGCGAGAUGGACCCCACCAGCGAAGAGGCCCAUGAGUAUUACAAAUUGACCAAGCGCGCGCACAGGGGCAGAUAUGCAGGCGAGCAUGAGGACGAGGACGAGGAAGGAACAGGUGCAAUGGAAUACAAAUUCGAGAUGAUGGCAGAAUCUGACGACGAGUCUGAAAUGGACUCGGACUCGGACGCCGAAGAGGACGACCCUGAGAAUGGCUGGGCUGAUGAUCCGGAGGAAGGCUGGGACCAUCAUCAUGGUGAGGGUGAGGAAGGGUACGGUGGUGAGGGGGACCCUGAACAAGGGGGUGAAUGGGGGAACGAUUAUCACCCUGGGGACGAGAACGGUUAUGGCCACGGAGGCGACCACAACGGCAACGGCAACGGCCAUGGCCAUGGCCAGGGAGGUGACUACGAAGGCCAUGAUGAUCAGUAUGGCGGGCAGGACCACGGCCACGGCCACGGUCACGACCAGCACCAAUAUGGUGACGGUGAUGGCGGGUAUCAGGGAGACGACAAUGGCUAUGACCAGCCAGAGUACUCGCCGCACCACCAUGGCCAUUGCUAG